CCCUCUUCUCUACCGAGGGACACCCCCUUCCCCGGUCACUGCAAAGAGGGUGCUCCAAGUAACAAAGGUGGACUCUUCUCCCCAAAUUAAUGACUCCACUCCGGCGUGAACGCCCCUUUCUCAGCCUCCGUGCGCUCUCGUGCGGACCCUCUCUCCACGGCCUCCUUUCCUCUUCACCUCUGCCCAGGGAUACCUAGAGGCUGGGCGUCUGGAAGCUCCCCCUCGUGUCUUCGAGACUGGAAGCAGAUGGGGAAGGAUGGGCCUGGGUAGGCCCUAGGCGCCCAGCAUUCCUUUCCCCCAACAUGACAGCAAGAGACUGGGUGACAUGAGUGAUUCGACUGCGCCCUGCCCUGGACAGUUUACCGGUAGAAGAAUUAAUCCCUAAAGGGACUGGAGUGGAUUUCAGAAUGGCAAAAGAGGAGCCUCUGAGUACCUCAAAGGACUUGAAGGAGCUACAGAAGAAGCUAUCUUUGUUGGUAGAGUCCAUCCAGAAUAACUCAAAGGUGAUUGCCUUUAUGAAGUCUCCAGUGGGUCAGUACCUGGACAGGCAUCCUUUCAUGGCCCUCACCGUGCUGGUGUUUGUGGCUAUGUCAGCCAUUCCUGUUGGGUUCUUCCUGCUCAUCGUGGUGCUUACCGCCCUGGCUGCUUUUGUGGGAGUCAUUUUACUGGAAGGACUGGUCAUCUCUGUGGGCGGCCUCUCACUGCUUUGUGUCCUCUGUGGCUUGAGCUUCGUAUCACUCGCCAUGUCAGGGACAAUCAUAGUGUCCUACGUCAUGGUCUCCAGCCUUUUUAACUACUGGUUUCCUCCCAGACCUCUGACACAACAGAACUCCAGUGGCGACUGUCAGCCGGCUAUGAAGUCCACAGACUUAGAGGGGCUCUACCAGGAAUGACCGGCCCAGCGGAGCCAGAGCUUUUCCCAAGCACCUCUCGAAGGCUGUGGAUCAUACUCAGCCCUUGGGAUUACGAGUCAGAAGGGGGUUAGGUGGCCAAGCACUACUCGAAAGUGUCCUCUAGCUUUUUCAUAUAAUCAUAGGAUCCCACGGGGGCCAGUGUGGGGCUCUUGUUGCUCUUGCAGGAGUCCUUUGGUUCUGUUGGUGGGCCCACCUUCCCAGGAGAAUUAGCAGAGACUGGCCGUCGCUCUGCACUUCCUGGCCUGUGACCCGCCUUCCUUAGUAUGCAGAAUUGACCUUGGCCCAGUCCUGAGCCUCUACAGCCUGGGCAGCUCCAUCCCAAAGACUCAGAUCUUGUGGCUGAGGGCCCAGUUUGGAGCAACUGUGGAUUUUUUUUUUCUUUUUUCUUUUUUUCUUUCUUUCUUUCAGAAAUGAGAAAAGCUGUUUAUAUCUUCACUUAUUUGAAACAAGGUGGGGACAGAGCAGUACAGAGCAAGCUCUUCUGCCUUAUUAGCAUUUUAUCAGAAAAACCAGCAACAUUUGGCAAUAAUGGCUCUUCAGACAAAGUUGGAAAAGUUAACUAUAUGGCCAAGGGCACUUUUGAAAAAAUCUAAAGAUAUGUGGAGUACUGUUAAGUGCCGUUACUCUUUAAAAUACUUGCACUUGAUACGUUUGUAUUUUCUUGAAGAACAUGGCUUGUUAAGCCAUUUCUGUAAAAAAUCCUAUGAAAAUUGCUUAAGGACUAAACAAGCUUUUAAAGUCCUGUGGGAUUUCCCCUUCAGUGGUCUGCUGUGGCAUUUUAUUAAAUAUUUAUUUGGAUGA